UCAAGAUGGCGGCCGACACGAGUGAAAGUACUGCUGAAAAACUAACGUUUACGUGCGCAUCAUGUGGUUUUGAAUGUAAUUAUGAAUAUUUUGGGAAAAAGCCGCCUUUCUCCAAAUCAGUGGUACUUCUGGAAGAUGCAUUUGUUAUUCGAGAUCCUUUCUCACCAAAUGCUGGGCAUUUAACAUUAGGUGGACGGUGCUGCUUGUGUACAAGACACAUUUGCAUUUCACAGACAUGCAGUAUUUUCUACACUGAGCGGUUCUGUAUUUCGUGUGUUCAGAGGAACAAAGAAGAAUUUCCAGAUGAAAUACUCAAGAGCGCCAACGGGCAAGUGGUUAAUGCCAAGGUUAAACGUUUAACAAGCUACGUUAUUGACCCUCAAGAAACUGAAAUGCAAAAACAUACGAGUGACGUCUUCAAGAUACAGAAAAAGUAA